UAACUUGUGUUUUGGAAUCGUCUAUCUAGCUGGGUCUGAUUUUUUGUUCUGUCUCCCAUAAUCCGAAUCGAAGUUUCGACCGACGCGGACAGAUGGAGGUUCCAUGAACUUAACUAUGUGUACAUAUGUAUAUUGAUAGGCACGCGCAAAUCGACCGUCAAGUGCCGGUAAAACAAACGCGAAAUACAGUCGCAUACAGUCCUCGCGACGAGUAUCACGUAUUUUGUGCAUCGCCGACUCAGUAGUGACCGAAGGUCCUUCGUAGUCCUCCAGCAUACAUACAUAUACAUAUAUCAUUGCACAAGGGAGCAACCAAUCAACCUAAACAUUCCUUUUCGUACGUCAAUAUCCAUUCGGUAUUGGCGUGGAACGUAAAAAAGGAAGAAAUCGAAUUUUUGUGGCGUAAGCAACGGAGAAACAUGUCCACGGCGCUGUUAGCUGUGUUUGCCGUGAUCCUGUGUAUCCUGUUCAGGAUAUUAAACGUAAACAGUGCACCGCAGAAGCCAUUGAUCGUCUGUCAAGAUCAAUCAUUCCUAACGACGAUCCUUAAAAUCGCUCCUGUCAUCACAGAACCAUACAAACCAACAAGGCUAUGGGGUUUCAGUGGCCAUGUACAGACCAUCGUCCACAGUAUUAUUGGUCGCGUCCGUUGCCCUUGGCCGAUUGGAGAACGAGUGUACAUAGGACUUCCGGAUGAGACCACUCUCACUUACGAUCUUUAUCAACCACUAACUAACGACUACGAAGAUGAUGUAACAAUUGCCAUCUGUCCUGGGAUUUGUAAUAGUUCCGAAAGUGUUUACAUCAGAACUUUCGUACAUUUUGCACAGUGUCAUGGGUACCGAUGUGCAGUACUUAAUCACGUUGGAGUCCUUUCUAGUGUCAAGAUCACUGCACCGCGAAUUUUUACGUACGGUCACACCGAUGAUUAUCACACGAUGCUACAAAGUUUGAUGGAGAAGCAUCCGAAUACAAAAAUAAUUUGCAUUGGCUUUAGCUUGGGCGGUAACCUUGUGACCAAGUACUUAGGAGAACGAAGAUCGAAUAAGUUAUCCAAUAUAAUUGGUGGCAUAUCUAUUUGCCAAGGGUAUAAUGCCAUCGAAGGUACAAAGUUCCUACUUAACUGGCAGAAUUUUCGACGUUUCUACCUGUAUAUAAUGACAGAAUCUGUGAAGAAUAUUAUACUUAAACAUAAAAAUAUCUUGUUAUCUGAGGAAGUUAAACAAAAGUAUAAUCUAAACGAAUGGGAUAUCAUAUCUGCUGCAACUUUACCGGAACUUGAUGAAGCAUACACUAGAAAACUCCACAACUUUAGAUCCGUAAAAGAAAUGUACAAGUGGAGUAGCUCUUUGUUCUAUUUAGAUAACAUUACAACACCUAUGGUAUUCAUCAACGCAUUGGAUGAUCCCAUUGUACCUGAGAUGUUACUGGAACCUAUCAAGGAACAUGCCAGAACUCGUCCAAACACAUUGUAUGUGGAACUGGCUCACGGCGGACAUUUGGGAUUUUACGAAGGUGGUCUCCUGUAUCCAAACCCCAUAACAUGGCUAGAUCGUACAUUGGUCUCUCUCGUAGGGUCUCUCACAUUAGCACAAGCGGAUAAAUUAUUAAAAGCCUCUUAACGUAAUUUAAUUUCACUAUCAUCAUUACUUUGUGAGUAAUGCAUUCUUAGCUGUGAAGCAGCAACAACUCGUAUUUGUAAUCUUAUUUAAAUUCGAACUUGAUUCGAGCAUCAAAAAAUUACAACGGAUACACGUUAAGCGUGAAAUCAAGUGUACACGAUUUCAAGAUUCUUGGGAUCCUGUUCAUUGCAAGCGCGAAUUCGAGCAAGCGAAUUGAGUUUAAAUUAUAUUUCUUAAGAUCGUCUUGAAAAAGUAUACAUAGUUUCGAUAACAUGAUUGAAGAGAAUUGAUAAGAAAGUUUCUACAAUAGUAGCACAACGUUUCGACGUCAAUUUAUAUUUUUUCUAUAUCUUGGCUAUUGACGCUUCAUACUCAGGGAUCUUUGAUAAGUCAGCUUGAUAAAAGGAUGUCAUUACAAAAUUGUACACUGAAGACGGUUGGCUUUGGAGUCGCGUUAGAGAUUCGGAUUAAAUUUUUAAAAGUUGUAAAAGAAGAAAAGGAAUGAAUCAAUUUAUGUGUAGAUUUUGGAAAGCCAACAAUUUUAUCAAAGAUACUGAGCACGACACUUCUAAAAUAUGCAUAAUAAAGAAAGCUUUGUUCCCUCAAUAAUGGAAUCACUUGAAUUAAUAAACUGCAGGAUUUAUUUGUGCGUUAUACUAUAAGUAUAUGGAUCGUUUCAUAUGAUAUACACAUCUGAGAUAAUUCUAUUACUAUAUAUAAAUAUUCGUUGUUUGUUUAUAACAAUAACAGAUGUGCUACUUUGCGUAAACAUAUCUAACGUAUAUUUUUUAUACAUUUAUCCAGCAUCUUCGAAACAACAUGAUGAAUUUUCGGAUCCAAUUUAUAAAUCUAUAUUCUUCUUGUGGUAAAACAUCGACAACUGUUACAUAUCCUAAUAGGCAACCGGUUGAAUAAUCCUUGGGAAACAUUAUCUUUUCAUUUUUUAUAACACGAUGUUUUUGUUAUGCAGUUGAAAAUUCUUUCUUAAUUGGUAUUUUAGAUGCUGCAGCAAUCUAUAAUCUUUCUCUAUGUCUACAUGAUGAGUGUCAUGUACAAUCUUCAUCACAAGUUUUAUCCUAGCGACUAAUAAAGAUGCUCAAACAUAAACCAGAAUAAUAUUUCUUGAAUGAUAUAUCUCGUGUUAGAGGAAAUGUUUAUUUUUAAUGUUCGUAGUAGUAAUUCAUGUGAUUCCAUAUACAUUGGGCGAGUAAAUUCGAUAUUCGAGCAAAUAUUACUACUUUCUAUUUCACUGACUGAUUGAGAUGUAUCUUGCAAAUGUUCUAGAAUGAAUUCUUCAAAAUUCUCAGUUAAUGGUACAAAAAAUCAUUAAAGACAUUCUUCUAUAUCAUUAACAAAAAUAUAGAACAUAAAUAACUCAAAUGAGAUGUCCUAUAUAUUACAGCAAAAAAUAUGAUUGCAUGGGACGGAGUAAAUUCAGUGAAUGCUUACGUGGAUGUAAGAAUAAUGAAAAAAAAAAAAAAAAAUAAAAGCAAGGGCUAUCGAACUUCAACCCAAAAGCGUUAUAUUUACAUAUCUUCUUUCAAUAAUGUGGGACAGAUAUUAACCCAUUGGGGAUAACGUCUGUGCACUGAGUACGGAGUAUGGACUUCUGUUUUGUUCCCUGCAGCCGAAGUCCGUACGGACCACAGCGCUAUGCGGGCAUUUUAUACAUCGCAUCACUUUACGUAUAUUACUGACACGGUAUAUUUUUAUCCUAAUUGUGAUUUCGGAUUUUGUCUAGAAAAAUAUAUCACACUGUACUAGAUUAUUAAGAUGACAAACUAACUGAGGAACUUAUAUCGUUAACUAAUUUCACAAACCAGAUGUGUUUCAAAGAUGUACAGAAACUUGAUUCAUUCUUAAUUCAUCUUAGAAAUGUAAGUAUAUAUUGCAAAAUAUCGAUCGCAUGAAAAUAAAUCGCGAAUCUUGCGGUAUCUUCGAUGGGUUAAUUUAAACAUAAUUUAUCACAAAGGCAGCAUAGUAAACACCAUUAGCAUGAAACACAUACAUUAAAGAAUAUAUUUUUUCUAUAACUAUUGUAUAUGUUCGUCAUCUUUUUGUCAAUUAUUUAUGUUAUAAAUUAUGUUAUAAAUUAUUUAUGUUAUUAUGCAUUUUCAUACUAAUGAAAUUUAUGAAUUUAUAUGUGAAAAAUUGCAUUUAAAAUGAAACGCAAAAGAAUUUUGCGUUUUACCGAAUACUAAUACUUUUCUCCUGUUUUUUGUUUUUCUGACAAAGUAACUAACACGGUAAAAAGCUAUGCUCUACAAGUAUAUGAUUGAUUAUAAUUAAACUAUAUUAUUUUGCGUAAAAAAAUACUCAAGAUAAAAUUACUGACAUUUUCGAAUAUAAAAAUCUGUAAUCUUAAUUUCAGUUCUUUAUAUUCGGGACAAAAAGAUACAAAAGAUAUUGGUCCAAUUAUAAUAUCCUCCGCAAAAUUAAACGUUAAUAAUAUUAAGGUAAAUCAUCGAAACAUCGGUCUGGAACAAUUGAAUGUAUUCUAACUUUCUACGAAUAUUGUUUGCGAUCGUCUAUGAGCAUUUUCAUGAAAUAACACAAGACAAUAAUGUUACUGAUGCACGUUCGUGCCGUGAAGAAUCUAGGUGUAGAAUUACUUAUAUAUCACGAUCACGACUUUAAGUUAUUUAUUUCUAGAACUUCAGCGUGGGUGCAAUUAUAGUUGUUAGAUAUUUAAUAAUCAUCGUUUUGUUAUUAUCGAUAUAUUCUGCAAUCAUAAUAAUAUAUUUAACUUUGUAUAUAUUGGUACUAAUAAAAUUACGAGAGUUUAUACCACAUUGGUAUACGACAUGCAUGUGUCGUAGUUUUUCAGCUAUUUAUAAUAUACGACCUAUCGAGCAAAUGGAAGCAAAUAAAUUAUUGCAAAUAACCACAAAAUUUAUUACCAUACGCGCACAUUGAUUUCGCAAAAUUUUGGCAAUUCUUUUUGAUAACGUCCCAUUUGCAAUACAACAAUCGUUCCAUAGCAAAUUGAUUUAACAUCUCUUUAUAAAUAAGGGUAAAUAAUAAAUAUGAAACUAUUACGUAUAUUUUAGAAUGUGACUGACAGCUGAGUAUUUAUAUAAACACGAGGUGCUUACAAUAGAGAGUGCCUUAAGUUAUGUUCUGCUAUCAUGAUUCUUUGAUCACCUGAACGAGGGUUCCUCAUAAUAAAAAUUCAUAAUAAUUUUUAGUGAAUCCUAUAAAAAACUAUUUUUUGUUUAUAUGUGCUCAGUGUAACUCGUUGAUAUAUUAGUAAGAUAACGAGAGAGGGAAUCUUAAACAAAGCUAAAUGAUCUUGCGAGGUUGCUGCGAACAGUUUGUAUUUUCGCUUGGCGAAUUAAGCAUUUACAAUCUGUCGAUUGCAGUUUGUAACGAAAUAAGUUGUCUGCACUGAAAAUAAAUCGUUUCCACGGAUAGGUAUACGCUUAAUAAUUUGUGUGGCAAAUCCUCGUGUUAGCAUUUUAUGUGUAACUUUGAAACUGUUGGAUUGUGAGAAAUUGAGUUUAUCAUUUGUAUAGUAUUAGCUAUACACGGUGCAAUAAUUAAUGUAUUUCUUAAACACGUACUUACAUAAUUUGCACAUGUAUAUUGAACAAUAUUUUGCAUACAAGAAUACUUUUCUACGUGAUAUUCAUAACAAAAAGAAUAAUUAUCUAUUUUGAAGUUACACCUGCGUGUAAUUUAAUUCAAGGAUAUACACGAUAUAGUGUUAUCGAAUGAUUAUUAAAAGAGCAAUAAACAUACUUUUUGCUUCAUUAA